AUGGUUAAAUCUUACUUGAAAUACGAGCAUUCGAAAUCAUUCGGUCUUGUCAAUUCGAGUACUUCAAAUGUUGUUUGGUCAACAGAUGGAGCCGGCGUCUCGAGUCGAAAUACAGGUUCGGGAAGAGCUAUAGUGGCUGCCAAUGAGGAGGUAUUAUGCUGGGAAAUAAAGACGGGUGCACUUCUGAGUAGAUGGAGAGAUAAUGAAUGUAAAUCUCAAGUUUCAGCCAUCGCCCAGAGUAAAACAGACAUAGACAUUUUUGCCGUCGGAUACGAGGAUGGUAGUAUACGACUAUGGGACUCGAAAAUUGCAACUAUUCUAGUCAAGUUCAACGGGCAUAAGUCUGCGAUUACUACACUAGCAUUCGAUAAAUCUGGAGUCCGGCUAGCUAGUGGUUCGAGAGAUACGGAUGUUAUCGUAUGGGACCUGGUUGCUGAGGUUGGCUUGUUCAAAUUGAGAGGACACAAGGAUCAGAUAACCGGACUCCAAUUCAUUCAACCCGGCGCGCCACAGGAAUCUGGUGAAGACGAAGAAGUAGUUGAUGUGGAGGACAGUUCAUCUGAAGGCUUCCUUCUCACCACCGGCAAGGAUGCGCUCAUCAAACUCUGGGAUAUGACAUCUCAACACUGUAUCGAAACUCAUGUCGCUCAAACGAAUGGAGAAUGCUGGGCUUUAGGCACCUCACCGGAUGGUAGUGGGUGUAUCACGGCUGGAAACGAUGGGGAAAUGAAAGUGUGGUCUAUUGAUACAGCCGGUCUAUACAAAUUAUCGAAACAGGUGAACGGUGCAGUUGAAGCUCGAUAUCUCCAAGGUAGAGGAAUAUUGCAUCGACAGGGAAAAGAUAGAGCACUCGAAAUCACUUUUCACCCACGCUUAGACUACUUUUCGGUUCAUGGUUCGGAAAAGUCUGUUGAAAUAUGGAGGAUACGAUCAGAAGAGGAAGUAAAGAAAAGUUUAGCAAGAAAGCGCAGGAGAAGAAGAGAAAAGUUGGCUGCAACUGAGAAGUCAGCUAUGGAAGUUGACGAAGUGGAUGAGAAAGUCGAAGACGUUUCAACUGCUGAUAUCACAGACUUUUUCGUCCCGUACGUCAUUGUUAGAACGGGAGGUAGAGUUCGAUCCAUAGAUUGGGUACGCAUUAAAGGCACCAAAUCUAUACAAUUGCUCAUAGCAACUUCGAACAAUCAAUUGGAGGUCUACACAGUAGUCACAAAAGAGAAGAGUAAGAAAUCCAAGAGCGAAGAAAUGCCGGAUUAUUCAAGAACACUAUCGGUCGAAAUGCCAGGACACAGAGCAGAUAUAAGAGCGUUGGCACUGAGUUCCGACGACAAAAUGUUGGCAUCAGUAUCUAAUGGUGGUAUCAAAAUCUGGAAUGUUCGCAAGGGAACUUGUAUACGAAGUUUUGAGUGUGGCUAUGCUCUAUGCUGUGCAUUUUUGCCGGGUGAUAAAAUUUUAGUAGUUGGAACCAAAUCCGGGGAACUGGAGUUAUUCGAUGUAACUGCGACUGCAAUGAUCGAGAGUAUAAAAGCACAUGAAGGUGCCAUUUGGAGUUUACAAGUACAUCCAGAUGGUCGCUCUGUGGUAUCCGGAAGUGCAGACAAGUCAGCCAAAUUCUGGAAUUUCGAAGUUAUUCAGGAAGAGAUUCCCGGAACCACACGGAAAACCCCAAAACUACGACUUGUCCAUACUAGAACAUUGAAAGUGUCAGAUGAUAUUUUGAGCUUGAGAUUUUCACCAGACGCACGUCUGUUAGCUGUGGCUCUCCUGGACAAUACUGUUAAGGUUUUCUUCGUCGAUUCUCUAAAGCUCUUCCUAAAUUUGUAUGGUCACAAGUUGCCUGUACUUAAUAUGGAUAUUUCUUUUGAUAGCAAGCUCAUUGUUACUUGCUCUGCUGACAAGAAUAUACGUCUUUGGGGUCUCGAUUUCGGAGAUUGUCAUAAAGCGUUCUUUGGACAUCAGGACAGUAUUUUACAAGUCGCAUUUAUUCCACAUAGUCAAGACGGCAAUGGGCAUCAUUUCUUCAGUACUAGUAAAGAUAAAAUGAUCAAGUACUGGGAUGGCGACAAAUUCGAACAAAUCCAAAGAUUAGAUGGUCAUCACGGUGAAAUCUGGGCUUUGGCAGUCAGUCGGACUGGUGACUUUUUUGUCAGUGCAAGUCACGAUAAAAGUAUUCGAGUGUGGGAACAAACUGACGAGCAAAUAUUCCUUGAGGAAGAGAAGGAGAAGGAGUUGGAAGAGUUGUAUGAAUCAACUUUGACAACAUCUCUGAAUCCUGAUAAGAACGAUGAAGAUGACGAUAAUGAAGUUGGAGCCGCUGGAAAACAAACGACCGAGACUCUCAUGGCUGGAGAAAAAAUUGUCGAAGCCCUUGAGAUCGGUACUGUCGAUUUGGAACUAAUGGCUGAAUAUGAACUCGCCAAAGCCACUAAUCCUAAUACAGCUCCUCCAGCCCGCAACCUUCUUUUCAUGGCUCUCGGCAAUAUCAGUGCCGAAAGACAUGUUCUCAAUACUCUCCAGAAAAUCAAAGCCGCAGCUCUUCACGACGCAUUGCUCGUUCUUCCAUUCUCCACUCUCCCCAUGCUCUUCACAUUCUUGAAUAUUUUCGCCCAAAAAGAGAUGAACAUACCACUUACAUGUCGAAUAUUAUUCUUCAUGUUAAAGACACAUCAAAAACAGAUCGUUUCAAGUAAAACUAUGAGGACGAUGUUAGAUGGUGUUAAGGAGAACUUGAGAAAGAGUUUGAAGAGACAGAAGGAUGAGAUGGGAUUUAAUUUGGCAGCUUUGAAGAUUACGGGAGAGAGAGUCAAGGAUAUGGGGACUAAGGAUUAUGUGGAUGAGGAGACUUGGGAGGAGGACGAUGGAUCGAGCAAGAAAAAGAGAGGAUUUGUUCAAGUUUCUUAG